AUGUCUAAACGAAACUCGACCAGACUUGCCAAUGGCGCUGCGUCCGCUGCCGACCAGCCUGUCCCUAGCUACCUCCUCACUGGCAAAGUUGCUCUUGUAACUGGAUCAGGGCGAGGAAUGGGUCGUGAGACUGCUCUCGAACUUGCCCGUCGUGGCGCCGACGUUGUCGUCAAUUACGCCAACUCCUCCAAGGCCGCCGACGAGCUGGUCGAUGAGAUCAAGGCUCUCGGCCGCGACGCCAUCGCCGUCAAAGCCAACGUAUCCGAUGUCUCACAGAUUGUCGACAUGUUCGAGCAGGCCAAGAAGCACUUUGGCAAGCUGGACAUCGUGGUCUCGAACUCGGGUGUGGUUUCCUUCGGCCACUUGAAGGACGUUACCCCAGAAGAAUUCGACCGUGUCUUCAACAUUAACACCCGAGGCCAAUUCUUCGUGGCCCGGGAAGCCUACAAGAACCUCGAGGUCGGUGGCCGCAUCAUCCUGAUGGGUUCCAUCACGGGCCAGGCCAAGGGUGUCCCCAAGCACGCCGUUUACUCGGGCUCAAAGGGUGCCAUUGAGACCUUUGUCCGCUGCAUGGCUAUCGACUGCGGUGACAAGAAGAUCACCGUCAACGCCGUUGCCCCCGGUGGUAUCAAGACCGAUAUGUACCACGCCGUCUGCAGAGAGUACAUUCCCAACGGCAUGAACCUGUCGGAUGACCAGGUCGACGAGUACGCUGCCACAUGGUCGCCCAUGAACCGUGUCGGCCAGCCCAUUGAUGUUGCCCGUGUCACCUGCUUCCUUGCCUCCCAAGACGGCGAGUGGGUGAACGGCAAGGUCAUCGGCAUUGACGGUGCCGCCUGCAUGUAA